AACAGUCGCAAAACAACUCGUCCAUCGAACAUACGCAAAGUAUAAAGUAGUCGCAGCUACGAAUAAGCAUCAAGAUGUUUGAGGUAUUCAAUAGACCACCUGCGGAUCCCUUAGAGCUGCCCCUGGCCGUUGGACCUUGGCCUGCAAUACUCAUAGUGGCGGCUUAUCUGCUCUUUGUGCUCAAAGUGGGGCGCCAGUUCAUGGAGCAUCGACAGCCGUACGAUCUGAACAAAGUCCUUAAGGUUUACAAUCUGAUACAGAUCGUUUACAAUGGCGCAUUAUUCAUAUUUAUUUCCUACGUGCUUCUUGUACUGAAACCGUAUAAGCUGAGCUGCAUAAUGGUACUGCCAAUGGAUCAUCCGGUCAAGCCUUUUGAACAAGCUGUGAGCUAUGCGUACUAUCUGAACAAGAUACUCGAUCUGAUGGACACCGUCUUCAUGGUGCUGCGCAAGAACUACAGACAGAUCACUAUGCUGCAUUUGUUGCACCACUCAAUCAUGGUGGUGGCCGUCUAUGCUGGAAUACGAUUCAAUGGAUAUGGUGGACAUUUCACGAUCAUGGGCACAUUCAAUGUCUUCGUACAUGCUGUGAUGUACAGCUACUACUACAUAUCGUCCCAGAAGCGGACGGUCAGUCAGAAUCCCACCUGGAAGCAGUACAUCACCAUUCUUCAAAUGAUUCAGUUUUUCACGGUAAUGUUGCACAGCGUAUACACCUUGAUGCAGCCCAACUGUGAUGUUCCGCUUAUGGCCAUAGCUGCCGUUCUAGCCAUGGGCUCCCUUAUGGUAGUCAUGUUUACCAACUUUUACAUACAUACCUAUAUAUUGCCGAAAAAGGCGAAGCAGAAAUGAUUUCAGAAUAGGCAUUUAUUUAGAUAGCA